AGGGUAUUUGCAUGAGGCGAUCUGAUUGGCUGACGCCUAAGUUGGCGCUUGAAAAGUUGAGCAAAUACCCGCGUCAGCACCAAGCUUCAGACACGCCCUCCGUCAAGCGGAGUUCAGAGUUUUCCUUUUGAAGUCUGGACCGUUUUUAUAUUUUGCUUAAAAUGAGUACUAAAAACAAGCAAAUAAUGUAACCUACAUAAUCAAAACGCUCAUCAUGUGCAGAAAACAAAGUUAAUUAGUAAUUUGAAAGUUUAUGCUGUCUUUCCAUGCUAUCUAAAAAUAAUUUUCCCAUUUUAAAAAUUGUUUAUUUUAAAAUGCUCUUAACAUGCUGAUUAAAAGUGUAAAUGAAAAAAUGUCUUGUCACAAACUGGGUUGCACGGUCAAAGUUAUAUGUGAUGGGUAAAAAUAACUAAUUGCAGCAUUGUUGUUUUCUGCGAAAGUUUAAAGUAUUUUGCCGCUCGCUCCAUACUGUUGUUAAAUUAACCGCGUUAUCCGCAGGAACGUAGGCAACACGUGAAAGGCUUGCAUGAAGCAUUUGCCUCUAAAUAAAAAUAUUAGCGGCUAAAACGCAGAAAGAUCAUUACAAUAAACGACCCCGAGCGCUAGAGCUGAGCUACCACCCAACAAUCACAAUUCACACUUGAAAGGAGAGGACAGUGAGAACAUGAAGGAUCCUUGCAGAACAAAACAGCAUGAGACUGAAGAACAAAGAGACCUGAUGGAAGAGAACAAGAAAGGAAAAAAAGAAGCCAAAAAAUCUGUCAAUGGCUCUGUUCACACGAGAAUUCGUACUAGAGAGAAGCAGAAACACAAAAAGGCCAUUAGGCAGCAGGUGAGGAUCACCGCUGAAGAAGAUAAACUGUACACAUGUGAUCAGUGUGAAAAGAGUUUCACAUGCAAAGAAGACCUGAAGAAACACAUGAAAAUCCACACUGGAGAGAAGCUACACACGUGUGACCAGUGCGGCAAGGGUUUCAAACUCAAAGGGCAACUUGGGAUACACAUGAGAAUCCACACCGAAGAGAAGCUGUUCACAUGUGAUCGGUGCGGGAAGAGUUUCUCACAAAAAGCACACCUUAAGGAGCACAUGAGGAUCCACACCAGAGAGAGGCCAUACUCAUGUGAUCACUGUGGGAAGAGUUUCCCUCGAAAAGACAGCGUUCAGAGACACAUGACGACCCACACCGGAGAGACGUCGUUCACAUGUGAUCAAUGUGGGAAGAGUUUUGAUGUCAAAAGAAGUCUGUUAUCACACAUGAAAAUCCACAGUGGAAAGAAGCCACAUGUAUGUGUUCAGUGUGGGGAGAGUUUCAGAUGCAAAACAGGUCUUAGGCAACACAUGACAAUCCACACUGAAUACAGGCCGCACACAUGUGAUCAAUGCGGGAAGGGUUUCACACGAAAAGAACACCUUCAGAGACACAUGCUUAUCCACACUGGAGAGAAGGAGUACUCGUGUGAUCAGUGCGCAAAGAGUUUCUCUCUAAAGCAAUCCCUGAAGAGCCACAUGUUGGUUCACACUGGAGAAAAGCCACACACAUGUGAUCAGUGUGGGAUGGGUUUUACAAGUAAACAAGGCCUUACUGUACACAUAACUAUCCACACUGGAGAGAAACCGCACACAUGUGAUCAGUGCGGGAAGAGUUUUGCACUCAAAAACUUGCUAAAUAUUCACGUGAGAAUUCACACCGGAGAGAAGCCGCACACAUGUGAGCAAUGCGGAUGAAAUUCACACAGAGAUCACAACUUACGGUACACAAGAAAAUCCACACUGGAGAAAAGCCACACACGUGUGAUGAAUGUGGUAGGAGUUUCACACAUAGUUCCACGCUCAAAAAACAUCUACAUACCCAUUCUGAACAUAAACCGUUUUACUGUGAUCAAUGCGGCAAAGGGUUUAUUCUGGAAUCGGCCCUGAAGAGCCACCUGAAAGUUCAUGCUAAAGUCCGAAAUUAUUUCUGUCUUUUGUGCGACAAGAGUUUUAGUCUGCUGAGUGUUUUUAAACUGCACCAGAGAAGACACAGCUCUGUGAAGUCUUUUAUGUGCUUUGAGUGUGGGAAGUCCUUUUUUACAAAUACUGAACUGAAACAGCACCAGACAAGUCACACUGGAGAGAAAUCUUACAAGUGUUCAUACUGUGACAAGGGAUUCUCUUUAUUUGGAAACAUGAAAACACAUGAGAGGAUCCAUACUAGAGAGAAGCUGCAAACGCUGCCCUCCAAGUGAGAAGAGUUUUAGUAAAUUAGAUUCUCUACGCAGUCAUACAAAACACAAAUGUAUGAAAUCGCCGUAAACUCUCUUCUGUAUAAAUCUGCCCUAACCAGUGUGAGGAUGAGGAUCAGUAUCAUUCAAAGUUGUUGCAGCUGUGAACAAAGUUCAUCUUCACAUACCCACAGAGAUGGAGUUUUAUUCUCAAGUUUCACGUAAUUUUCUUAUGCAUAUGUAUAUGUAUUACUCUUAGUUCAUUUAUGAAACUAGUUGUUUACUUAAUGUUCUUGUGCUCUCAUAUGUAGUUCAGGAAGCUGAAGCAAAGACUCUUUUUUUAGACUCUUUGUUUUUCAUUGUGUUUUGAACAUCUAGCUAUUCUGCCACUUAUGAUAUAUUUACCAUAUUAUGAUGCGUGUUGUAGUUUCUAUCAAGUAGUUUUGCAACUGCUAACCACUUUUCCUCUUCUCUUGAGAUGUUUUAGUUAUCUUUUAAGUCAUUAAAGAUAGAGAUCUUUCUCAUUGGUUUUACCUUUACUUUAUUUUUGUAUUUGUUUCAAUUACUCAUUGAUUAAACAAUCUAUUUAUCUAA